ACUAUGUUGUUGGCACACUCGCACACAUAUCGGCUCCCGGGUUCCGCUCAACGGCGUCUUUCCUUUGCCUAUCACCCGGACUAAUAUAAGCUGUCGCCUCCGCUAAUCUUCUCGCGCCAAUAUUGCAUUGCUAAGGACACGGUUGGCACGAGACCACGACUCCACACGCUCUCGGUCCGUCGUGAAACGAGGAUUCCAGAUUGAUAUCCACCCUCUGAACAUACGACAACGCGCAUUACUACUGGAGAAUAGGGGGUGCAAGAUAAGAUGCUCAAUUCACUAGGCACAAAGCUCGCUCUGCGCAAAGCCGGCUUAGGAAACCUAUCCCUCCCCAAAACCGAUGGUUUGUUCGGCAACGGGGGUGGGAACGCGAAAAAGGGGAACACCAAUGGCGCAGAUGGGGGCGAUACAGGCUACUUUGCGAAUGUACAGUGGGGAGUACCAAAGGCCUUUCAGAGUUGGACGACGCCGCCACCUCCUCAGAACCCCGUUCGCAAGCCACCGCGCGUAGGAGAGAAGGCGCAAACACACGCCAAGCUACCGUUCCCGAGUGCAGAUGGAAGACCAGUUGUGCUGCUGUUUUUGAGGUUUUGCGGGUGUCCAUUCGCCGAGAAGCUCUUCGUCCGUCUCCGCGUCCUCGCAAACCGCCAUACGUCGAUUCACUUCAUUGCCAUAUCGCACUGCACGCCUGAUGCCACAGCAGACUGGGUCAAGAGAAUCGGUGGGGCCUGGAACGUCGAUGUCAUAGUAGAUCAGGAGCGAGAUUUAUAUGCAAUAUGGGGCCUAGGUAUUUCGACUUGGGGCCACGUAUUGCAUCCCAGGAAUGGGUUCAAUCAGGUCAUGCUCCGGAAGAAUGAGGGGGUGUGGGGCCAACAGGUUGGAGAAGGCGCAUGUCGGUGGCAGCUUGGUGGAUCGUACGCCAUUGAUACCAGAGGCGUUGUCACAUGGGGCGGGCCGAUGGAGUCUGUGGAUGAGGCUAUACGAUUCGAGGAUGGUGUCAAGACGCUUGGCUAUGGCGAAACGAGGAUAUGAUUGUGGUGUCGUAAAUGGUCAGAUGAGAAACAAGAUCGGGAGUUAUAGAAGGGCGUUUGGAAUAAACUCACGGUAUAGAAUGG